AUGGCAGCUCAUUGUAUAACAUGUGAGAAAAAGGCAGAAUAAAGCAAAAAAUUAUUAUAACUAAAUUUAUAAUUAGUUGAUGCUUCUUAAUUAGCCUAUAAAUUGAAACACCAUGUUUAAAUUAAAUUGGGUAAAUUGAGUUUAUAAGAACAAAAAUAAAAUAGAUUGAAGUUGAAAAAAUAAGAAGAAGAAAAAAAACCUUCAAGAACUCUUCGUAGAACUCAUACUAUUUUUAUAUAAGAUAACAAAUCAUUCUAAGAUGAAGAAGAAAAGAAUAAAGCUAAAAAAUAAUUAGCUUUCAUAAAUUCUGUAAUGACUACUAUUGUUAAUUAUACUGAAAAGGUUUUAAAUAGUAAUACAAAUAAUGAAGAUAAUAAAUGUAUUCUUGAUAUUUAAUUUAGUAAAUCGAAUUACAUUUGAUGAAUUAACAGAAGCUAAAUGUAAUUUAGAAAUUGAUCAAAACAAUGAUGAAGUGAUUUAAAUAAUAGAUAAAGCUCGAUCUUAUAUGUAUGAUAGAAUGGAAUAUUUUAAAAUUAUUUAAAAUUUGGAAUCAUAAUAGAUUUAAGAAACAAAAAAGAUUUAACAUAAAAGUGAUAUAGAUUUAAAAUAAAAAUAUAAGAAUUCAAAUUCAAGUUCUUUUAGGGUUUCAAAAUUUAAUAAUGUUACAACAACAAGUUAAUCAAUAAUUUAAAACAAUGAUACAAUAUAUGAAGAAGAUGAUGAUUUUGUUUGUUAAACUCCAAAGUAUACACACAACAAUAAUAAUAAAAAGAACACCUUAAUUAUGUCUUUGAUUAAGUAAAUAAUAAUAAUGAUUAAUUAGUAAAGAUAAAUUUAAUUCAAGUAAUGUUGGAAGUUUUAAUGAAAUUAAUAGAAGAGAUAGUUUAACAACUAUGACUAUAUCAAGAUAAUAGGUAUUUGGUAAUAAUUAAAUAAAAAGGCCCUUUUUAUCUAAAAAUAAUUCUGAAGAAUAUCCAUAAUAAUAAUCAAACCCAGAAUCUAAAAUAUUGGAUAAGAUAUUUAACUUAUCUAAUUCUUCAGAUACAUUAAUCAGUUCUAAAUCUAAUAAGCCCUCUAUAUNCAAAGUAAAUUAAAAGAAUUAGAUUUAGAAAAGCAUAAUAAAAUAGUAUGUCGAAUAUGUGAAUAAUUAAUCGAAGUAGAAAUUAUGGCAGCUCAUUGUAUAACAUGUGAGAAAAAGGCAGAAUAAAGCAAAAAAUUAUUAUAACUAAAUUUAUAAUUAGUUGAUGCUUCUUAAUUAGCCUAUAAAUUGAAACACCAUGUUUAAAUUAAAUUGGGUAAAUUGAGUUUAUAAGAACAAAAAUAAAAUAGAUUGAAGUUGAAAAAAUAAGAAGAAGAAAAAAAACCUUCAAGAACUCUUCGUAGAACUCAUACUAUUUUUAUAUAAGAUAACAAAUCAUUCUAAGAUGAAGAAGAAAAGAAUAAAGCUAAAAAAUAAUUAGCUUUCAUAAAUUCUGUAAUGACUACUAUUGUUAAUUAUACUGAAAAGGUUUUAAAUAGUAAUACAAAUAAUGAAGAUAAUAAAUGUAUUCUUGAUAUUUAAUUUAGUAAAUCGAAUUACAUUUGAUGAAUUAACAGAAGCUAAAUGUAAUUUAGAAAUUGAUCAAAACAAUGAUGAAGUGAUUUAAAUAAUAGAUAAAGCUCGAUCUUAUAUGUAUGAUAGAAUGGAAUAUUUUAAAAUUAUUUAAAAUUUGGAAUCAUAAUAGAUUUAAGAAACAAAAAAGAUUUAACAUAAAAGUGAUAUAGAUUUAAAAUAAAAAUAUAAGAAUUCAAAUUCAAGUUCUUUUAGGGUUUCAAAAUUUAAUAAUGUUACAACAACAAGUUAAUCAAUAAUUUAAAACAAUGAUACAAUAUAUGAAGAAGAUGAUGAUUUUGUUUGUUAAACUCCAAAGUAUACACACAACAAUAAUAAUAAAAAGAACACCUUAAUUAUGUCUUUGAUUAAGUAAAUAAUAAUAAUGAUUAAUUAGUAAAGAUAAAUUUAAUUCAAGUAAUGUUGGAAGUUUUAAUGAAAUUAAUAGAAGAGAUAGUUUAACAACUAUGACUAUAUCAAGAUAAUAGGUAUUUGGUAAUAAUUAAAUAAAAAGGCCCUUUUUAUCUAAAAAUAAUUCUGAAGAAUAUCCAUAAUAAUAAUCAAACCCAGAAUCUAAAAUAUUGGAUAAGAUAUUUAACUUAUCUAAUUCUUCAGAUACAUUAAUCAGUUCUAAAUCUAAUAAGCCCUCUAUAUUUCGAAGGGCUUAAUCUCCUACAGUUAUUGAUACAGUCAUUGAAUCUUUAAAUUAAUCUCCAACUGGUAGAAUGGGAAUAUCUGAUUUUUAAGAUGAAUCUCCUAGAAAUUAAAAGAUUUGUUCUAUUGCAGAUUUUGCAUAAUGUGAUUCAGAUUUAGAAAUUCAAAUUAAAAAAUAACAAAAUCCCUCUAUAGAACUUGGUAGACAAGUAGAUUCAAUUGAAGAAAUAUAUAAAGAUACAGAAUAAAAUAUUUUAAAUUCAUUUGAAAAUAUUAAUUAAUGUUAAUCUGAUAAAGAAAUAGAUCAGAUUCAUAAUUCUAAUCAAGAAAUGAAAUAGUCAUCAUAAAAUAGUAUGAAAAAUAGUGGUAGGAAUAUGAUGUUAAAAGAUAGCAGAAAUAUUAAUAUGAAUAUAAAUUAACAAGAUUAAUAAAAACCAUUAUAUAUUGAAAUAGGUGCUAAAACGGAAACAGGGUUUAUCGUAGAAGAAUAUAAUAAUUCAGCUUCUCCAUUAAAUAUAGAUAAUUAAGCUUUAAGUCUUAAUCAUUCAUUUUCAAGUGGAAAAUAAAAGAAUUUAUAACAACAAGAAAAUAAUUCAGAUACAGAUUUUGAUCAGUCUUUAAUAAAACCAAAAAAAAGUUUAUUUAAUCCCUAAAAUUCUAGAAGUAGUAAAAAGAAAUAAAGCGUGAUAAUUGCUCCUUAAAAAUCUAAAUAAUCUUUUGAUUUUGAAAUCAUAACAGUUGACAGAGGUUAUAAUUCAGAUUCUGAAUUAGUAAGUAUAAAUGCUGAUAAAACUAAUUAAUCUUAAGAAAUUGGCCUUAAAGAUUUUGAAUUUAUUAAACCUCUUGGAUAAGGAGCUUUUGGAUGGGUAUUUUUAGUGAAAAAGAAAACUUCGGGUGAUCUUUAUGCUAUGAAAAUUAUUGAUUGCUCAUAAAAAGUAAAUGUUAAUUUAAAUUUUAAAGCAAUUAGAAACUUAACUUGAUACUUUAAAAGCUGAAAGAAAUAUUUUUGAAAUAUUAUCUGGAGAUUUUGUUGUUAAAGCAUACUAUUCAUUUAGUCAUGAAUAGAAUUUAUGUUUUGUUUAAGAAUAUAUGGUAGGAGGAGAUUUCUCUCACAUUCUCAAAAUGUAUACAGUAUAUACUUUUAUUAUAUUAAGGCUUUAGAUGAGGAAUAUGUCAGACAUUAUAUUGCUGAAGUUGUUUUGGCUUUAGAAUAUUUAAGAUCAAAAAAUAUCGUUCAUAGAGAUUUAAAACCAGAUAAUAUCCUAUUAGAUAAAUAAGGUCAUGCUAAGUUGGCUGAUUUUGGAUUAUCAGAGGUUGGUUUUAAUAAUAGAUUAAAAUUAAAAUUGAGAUAAUAAGAUAUUGAAGCGUAAAAAUUAUCCCAUUAUUUUAAAGAAACACUAUACCUGAAUUUGCUGAUCAUAAUAAUCCAUAAUACAAUACAGUUUUUGAUUUAAAAUUACCUCAAGUAUAACCAGUCAUUAGAGCAAGCAUUUCAAAUUAAAAUAGUAAAAACAAAAGAAUUGUUGGAACUCCUGAUUAUAUAGCUCCAGAAGUUUUAAAAGGGGAAUCCAUUACCAAUAACAGUUUAGAUUAUUGGAGUUUAGGAGUAAUAAUGUAUGAAAUGCUUUGUGGUAUUCCACCAUUUAAUGAUGAUUCUGUCGAAAAGAUUUUUGAUAAUAUUUUAAACUAUAGAAUUGAAUGGCCAAAUGUAAGUGAUAUUGAAGAAGAAAGUAUAUCUCAUAAUGCUUAUGAUCUUAUGUGUCAAUUAAUGGAACCAGAUUAUACUAAAAGAAUUGGACAUUCAGAUAUUAAUGAAAUUAAAAAUCAUCCUUUUUUUGAAGGUAUCAAUUGGAAUAUUUUACUUUCAACCCCUGGUUUAAUUGUACCAAAAAUGAUUUUAAAAGAAUCUGAGGUAGAUUGUAAAAAUUUCGAAAAAGUUUAAUAAUUUCUCAACAAUUUAGAAAAAAAGGAAGUUAAAAAUUAAACUUUAGCUUAAAAACUAAAAAGCUAAUUAUCUAACUUAGAAAGAUUAGAUUUAUUAGUUAAAUUAAGUUUAGAAGAAGCAAAUGAUAAAUUGUAAUUAUUUACAAUAUAUUUUAGAUCUAAAAUUAAGACACAAGAAGACAAAUUAAAAAGAACUUUAAAUAAGAUUGAAAAUUACGAACAAGAACAUUAAAUAUAAAUGUUACUUUUGUAUGAAGAUGUUUUCUGA